UGCGGAUCGAGUGUCCACCCGUCCGUGGAACAGGCCACACGCGUCGGCCUGACCCAGCCUCUGACUCACCCGACGGGAGGCCAAAUAGCAGGAAUCCUGCACCGGCUUUUCCCCGCCUCUGGCGAUUGUCGGGAAGUCCCUCCCUAAGUCGCACUUGAGGCUUACAGAGGGUUGCUGUUGGGGCCCCUUAUAACUGGGACAGCCCUGGGAGGUCCCGAUACUGGGCCCGGUGGCGGCUUCUCUUAGCCAUGGCUCCCAAGCGCAAGCCCCCUGGGCAGUGUGAGGGCCCCGAGGAGAAGAAGGGACGGCAGGGGACAGAGGAGGACAGCUUCCACUCCACUGCUGAGGCCCUCAGGGCUGCACCCGCAGAGAAGCGCGUAGUCCGGGUGGACACUGCGUGUCCACUCAGCUGCAGCCCAGGGGCCCAGGUGCAUGGAGACUAUGACUGCACCCUGAACCAGACCAACAUCGGGAACAACAACAACAAAUUCUACAUCAUCCAGCUGCUGGAAGUCGGGGAGCGCUUCGCCUGCUGGAACCGCUGGGGCCGCGUGGGAGAGGUGGGCCAGUCAAAGCUCAACUACUUCCCGUCACUGGGAGAUGCAAAGAAGGAUUUUGAGAAGAAAUUUCGGGACAAGACCAAGAACAGCUGGGCAGAGCGGGACCACUUUGUGGCCCACCCCGGCAAGUACACACUCAUCGAAGUGGAAGGAGAGGGGGAGACACAGGAGGCGGUGAUGAAGGUGGACGGAGGCCCAGUGAGGACCGUGGCUCAGCAAGUGCAGCCCUGCUCCCUGGACACGGCCACACAGCAGCUCAUCACCAACAUCUUCAGCAAGGACAUGUUCAGUGAUGCCAUGGCCCUCAUGAACCUGGAUGUGAAGAAGAUGCCCCUGGGAAAGCUGAGCAAGCAGCAGAUCGCACGGGGCUUUGAGGCCUUGGAGGCCCUGGAGGUGGCCCUCAAAGCCCCUGAGGACGGUGGCCACAGCCUGGAGGAGCUGUCCUCUCACUUCUACACCGUCAUUCCCCACAACUUCGGCCGCAACAGGCCCCCGCCCAUCAACUCCCUGGAGCUCCUGCAGGCCAAGAAGGAUAUGCUGCUGGUGCUGGCGGACAUCGAGCUGGCCCAGGCCCUACAGGCAGCCCCCGAGGAGAAGGUGGUGGAGGUGCUGCACCCACUGGACCGGGAUUACCAACUACUCAAGUGCCAGCUCCAGCUGCUGGACCCAGAGACGCCCGAGUACAAGGUGAUCCACACCUACUUAAAACAGACUGGCAACAGCUACAGGUGCCCAACUCUUCAGCAUGUUUGGAAAGUGAAGCGAGAAGGGGAGGAAGACAGAUUCCAGGCCCACUCCAAGCUGGGCAAUCGGAGGUUACUGUGGCACGGCACCAACGUGGCCGUGGUAGCCGCCAUCCUCACCAGCGGGCUACGCAUCAUGCCCCAUUCUGGCGGUCGUGUGGGCAAGGGCAUCUACUUUGCCUCGGAGAACAGCAAGUCAGCUGGCUAUGUUUCUGGCAUGUCCUGUGGGGACCACUGCAUUGGCUACAUGUUCCUGGGCGAGGUGGCACUGGGCAGGGAGCACCACAUCACCACCGACAAGCCCGGCUUGAAGCAGCCGCCCCCUGGCUUCGACAGCGUCAUCGCCCGAGGCCGCACGGAGCCCGAUCCCACCCAGGACACGGAGCUGGAGCUGGCUGGCCAGCGAGUGGUGGUGCCCCAGGGCCAGCCGGUGCUCUGCCCGGAGUUCAGCCACUCCUGCUUCUUCCAGAGCGAGUACCUCAUCUACCGGGAGAGCCAGUGCUGCCUGCGCUACCUGCUGGAGGUGCGCCUCUGAGCUGCCCCCGCCCGGCCCGCUGCCGGGACGG